AUGGUAGAGAUGAUUAUUGGAAAGACAGCAACAUUGUACAAGAUGCAAGUAGUCGAAUGCACAUUCAACGGCCAAGUGUAUCAACCUGGCAAGACUCAUGCCAAGGACUGUAACACGUGUACGUGUAAUGGAGCUACCGGACUGUGGGACUGUACAACCAACACGUGCUGGAAAGAAUGUACACACAGCGGUCAAGUGUAUCAGCGCGAUCAGACUUAUCCCAAUGACUGUAACACGUGUACGUGUAAUGGGCUUACCGGACAAUGGGACUGUACCACCAACACAUGCUGGAAAGAAUGCACACACAACGGCCAAGUGUAUCAACGUAGACAGACCUAUCCCAAGGACUGUAACACGUGUACGUGCAAUGGACUUACUGGACUGUGGGACUGUACCACCAACACGUGCUGGAAACAAUGCACACACAACGGUCAAGUGUAUCAACGCGAUCAGACUUAUCCAAAUGACUGUAACACGUGUACGUGUAAUGGGUAUACAGGAGAAUGGGACUGUACCACCAAAACGUGCUGGAAAGAAUGUACAUACAACGGCCACGUCUACCAACGUGGCCAGACAUACCCACAGGACUGUAACACGUGUACGUGUAACGGUGUGACAGGCGGAUGGGACUGCACCACGCUGACAUGCUGGAAACGUAAGUGA